AUGAAGGCGCGCAUCGUCUGCGCCAUCAUCGUGCUCGGAUUGGAGACGCUCCUGUCGCUGUGCGUGCCGGACGUGCAGGGCGCCUUUGCCCAGAGCGUCGUGCAGGCGUACACGGCCCAACACCUCGGCUCCGUGUGGAAGCCGCUCGUGCUGGUCGUGGUUGUCCAGUUCGCCAACUCGAGUAGCGGACUGUUGGCCGUGCCCACGUUGUUGUGGGCCAAGUUCAAGCUCGGCCGCAAGGCCAAAGUGCGCAAGCUCGUCUACGAGCAUCUCAUGAAUCACGAGGCCGCCUUCCAUAACUCGACGGACCCGACUGACAUCAGCAUGGCCGCGUCCGUCGUGGCGUUCGGCGGGGAUAUGACUCUGGCCAAGGCCCCGAUGCGGCACCUCACGCGGAUCCCCGAGCACAUCAUGGAAGAUCUGUACAACGCCGACCACCUCCGCCGACUGCUCGAGAUUGUGCCCAAGAUGAAGUACGGGCCCAAGAACCUUAACCUUGACGUUAGUGGCGGCACCAUCGAAUUCAAAACCGUCACCUUUGGCUAUCCCCCGGCUGCCGAUGGCGCGGGCAGUUAG